AUGGGUAAUACUUUUGAAAUGAGCAUAGUUGGUGAACUGAGUUUCUUCCUAGUUCUUCAAGUGAAACAAUUUGAUGAUGGGAUUUUCAUAUCUCAAUCAAAAUAUGCAAAUGAGCUAGUCAAGAAAUUUGGUUUGAAAGAUUCAAAGCAUAUGCAAACUUUUAUAAGUACUUCAUCCAAAUUGGAUAGAGAUUCUGAUCCUAACAAGGUUGAUCCUUCUUUGUAUAGGAGUCUUAUUGGUAGCUUGUUAUAUUUGGCAACAAGUAGGCCAUAUAUUUCAUUUAGCAUAGGUGUUUGUGGUAGGUAUCAAGCUAAUCCUAUAGAACAACACGUUCUUGCAGUGAAGUGCAUUAUUCGUUAUGUUAGUAGUACAUUGAAUUAUGGAUUGCAUUAUUCUUCUAUAUCUAACUCUAAGAUUGUAGGCUAUACUGAUGUUGAUUGGGUUGGUAACAAGGAUGAUAGAAAGAAUACUUUAGGUGAUUGUUUCUAUGUUGGUACUAAUAUUGUUUCAUAG